UUGACGCCAGCCACACGCCGCCUACAUCCUGUCACCUGAAGUCUAGUUAAAUAUCUGCCUCCUGCGCGCUUACACAAGUAACCUCCGCUGGACAAAGGUUUGCUUGGAAAGUGUUGAUUAUCACCGCAGAGAACUAUUCGAAGAUAAGGAUACGUUUCCGUAAAAGGAAGCUGACAGCUGCAGGAACAGCACAGACUUUAGGGGCAGAGUGAGCCGUCGGCGAUGGCGCAGGUUCCCCUUGCGACGGGGAGAGGACCCGCCAGCGUGCGGUGAAAGGACGGCAGGCUACAGCGAGGAAGCAGACAGUGCUACUCCGACACCCGUCGUGGCCAAACUCAGAAUAUCUGCAAUGGACCAAAGUGCAGAGCCUGCGCCCGCCCAGCGCUGGGCCAUGAUGCUAACAGCUGUGUUCGCCGUCGUCAUUAUGUUCAUCGGGUUCUUUGGGAACCUGCUGACGGUGCUGGCGCUGCCAUACUCCCGCCGCCACCGGAAGACCACCACUUGGUUUGUGGUAAACCUGGCGGCGGCGGCGGGGGUGGUGCGCGUGACCAUCCUCCCCGUGACGGCGGCGCACCUGAUCAGCCUCUACAUGACGGCACACGCUCUCCUCUCCGACAGCGCGUGCGCCUACUUCGCCUUCUGCAGAUACGUCACCAUGCUCGUCGGCCUCCUCUCCAUCGCUGCCAUUGCCAUCAACAGGUGCGUGCUAAUUACCAUGCCUAAAAAUUACCCAAAGAUCUUCACGUCGACCAACACAUCGGUUACCAUCCUCUGCAUCUGGCUCCUGUCUAUCGUCCUCUUGCUGUUCCCGCUCCUCGAGGCCUACGGGAAGUUCGGUUACAACGACUCGACAGACGAGUGCGAUUUCGUGGACAACACCGCCCUUGGGCAGAGUCCGCGCAAUGUGAUGAUGUUUGCCGGAUACUUCCUCCCCUGCGGCGUCAUUGUGGUCUCCUACGCGCUUAUAUUCUACAAGGCGCGGAUGAGUUCCAUCAAGAUGAAGGCGAUCACCCAGGCCAAUUCACAGAGCGCAGCCAAUACGACCGCGCAGCGUCCUGCUGUGGGGCUGCGAUCACGUGACAUUCGCAUCGCGCGCACCAUAGCCGUCAUCUUCGUCGCCUUCCUCGUCUGUUGCACACCUGUGUCCGUGCUGCACUACCUGGACAAGCAGAUACAUAUGCCGACAACAUUACUGUUGCUGCACCCGCUCUACUGGCUGCAGUACUGCCUCAACAUGUUCAUCUACGUCAUCAUGAACAGCCAGUACAGAGAGGCUUACGUGCACUUCGUCGCCAAGUGGUGGCCAGGCGUCAGGAAUAUCUCGGGCCGGCUGUUCCGUGAGCCGAGCAGCGACAGCGGGCGCAGCCAGCGGGCCACGACACCGACCAGCCUUCUGCGCUUCUCCACCCGCCGCGGCCCCGGCAAGCCCCACACGUCCACGCAGCGCCAGCCGCCCCCGGAUAUUUUUGAAACUGACACCCGCACGCCUUCUCUGGACCCCAGUGUUUGAGCCGCCGUGCGAGACGACUCCUGCGAAACAGCUGUUAAUUUGUUGUUUUUUCUGCUUAAUGAAUUACCAAACAAAAACUUUUGAGCUGAAUUCGGUGGAAAAGAAAACAAAUUUUCAAGGAUUAGCGCAUAACUGAUGACAAGCUUUUGUGCACAGAUUAGAGUUGGUUUGAAGUAUCUGUUGAUUUUUGCUUAUAUGUGAAGAAGAGAACAGCCUUGAGAAGUAACAAGUGAACAUUUAUACAGUCUUUUAUACAUACACAUGAACCACACACAUUUAUACACAUACACAUA